AUGGCGACUCAAGCCGAAAAAGUCGUCCAUGAAGAUUUGAACAACACCGAAGUUUUGCGAAAAACCGUCGCUCUACCUCCUGAUCCGGCCUAUUUCRAAACAUCAUUGGCCAUUCCCGAAAGUGAAGAUGACAAGAGUAUACGGGAAAGACUUCGGCCAUUCCUUCUUCCCAAUGAGAUUGCCAAGAACGAUUGGGUAUCGAAGCUGGAGCUUAGUACAGCAAUCAAAAUGGCCGAUGCUGAUCUGGAGAGAACUUCCGGGGACAGACUGAAGGUUAUGGUUUUGUAUGGAAGCAUGCGAAGUCGAUCAUACUCUCGUCUAUUAGCCUUCGAGUGUGCGCGGAUUCUCUUUCGUCUAGGCUGUGAUGUCCGUGUCUUCAACCCAGAGGGUCUGCCAGUCAAAGACGAUGUUCAGCACAACCAUGAAAAGGUUCAGGAGCUACGAGAGUUGAGCAAGUGGAGUGAUGGACACAUCUGGGUUUCGCCCGAACAGCAUGGCAAUCUUACGGCCGUGUUCAAGAAUCAAAUCGACUGGAUUCCGCUGAGUACUGGAUCUGUACGCCCAACUCAAGGUCGAACCCUCGCCAUCGCACAAGUCUCUGGAGGAUCUCAAUCAUUCAACACCGUCAACUCUCUACGUAUGCUAGGGAGGUGGAUGAGAAUGUUCACGAUUCCCAACCAGAGCUCCGUCCCGAAAGCAUACACACAAUUCACGGAUGCCAUUGAUCCUGCAAAUGUUGAGGCAUGCGCAGAAGCCGAGGGUGGCAGUCGAUUGAUGCCUUCUGGAAACCGCGAGAGGCUAGUCGACUGUAUGGAAGAAUUCGUCAAGUAUACCAUUAUCAUGAGGCAGCACUUUGAUCUCUUCAAUGAUCGACACAGCGAACGGAUGGAACGGCAGGCGAAAGCGGACAAGGAAGAAGCGAAAAAGGCUGCUGAAAAGGCAGGUGAAGAGGGCAAUGCAAAAACUAUUGCAAGUGCUGGGAUUGUGAACGAUGUUGAUGUCGGAGGCAUUUAA